GUUUAUUAUGACAGGAGCUGUCAAACCUCACGUUGCCCGGUUGCCCAUGCUGCUUGGUCGCAAGUUCAAUAGUGUUUCAAAACAAAAUAAUCAUUAUUCUGUAAUGUGGUGAGAGGUAUGAGUGGCUGAAUAUAUGAAUAUAUCUUUAAAGAGUGUACUGCAUUAACCCAUUCACAAUGAAGUUUCAUUACAAGUUUCAAAAUUUACUCGGCACGGUGUACAGAAAGGGAGACAUACUGUUUUCGAACGAUGGAAACAGUGUUAUAAGUCCUGUGGGAAAUAAAAUUACUGUAUACAACCUUAAACAGAACAAAAGUAACACAUUGGCUUUUGAAAGCUGCUAUAACUACACUGCCAUUGACGUGUCCCCAAAUGGAUCUACACUCAUAGCUGUUAAUGAAAAGGGAGAGGCACAGAUGAUCAGUCUUCUAACAUGUACUGUGAUACACAAGUAUAAGUUUAAGCAAGAAGUCAAUGCUGUCAAGUUCAGUCCCGAUGGCAAAUACUUUGCGGCUUGCUGUGAUGAUACAGUAUUCAUAAUGACUGCACCCUGCACAUUCACCGGCGAGUUCCGUUCCUUUAUUAUGAAGAGAGUCUUCAAGAAAUCCAGAGAUCAAGUCACUUGCUUAGACUGGUCAUCAUGUUCCAAACUCCUUGCUGUCGGCUCCAAAGACACUACAACAAAAAUAUACACAGUAGACUACCUAGACAACCUCAAUAUGUACUCCAUGGGUGGUCACACAGACAAAGUUGUUGGCGUUUUCUUUGAGAAAAAGAGUUUGGACUUGAUAACUGUGAGUAGGAACGGCCAGGUGUGUUUAUGGGAGGCUAAUAUUGAUAUUGACGAUCUGGUCGUGUCGGACGUUCAGAUAUCUCAUAGAAAGAAGCGGAGGUUACAGAAGAAGGAGGAAAGUGAGGAUGAAAUUGAUGAGAAGGCGGUUAUUGAGAAGGAUAAGGAAUAUGAAAGUGAUGAUGAAGAAGAAUUAGUCAAGACAGAGGUGAAAACAGAAGACGAUCAGAGACUGUUGUACAAGAAGUUGGGCCGACACUACAUAGGAGAUGAGAUAAGGAGGGCGCAUCACAAGGUCAAGCUGACCUCCGCUCAGUACCAUAAGGAGACUAAAAUGUUGGUCACAGGUUUUUCAACCGGAAUAUUCUUCUUGCAUGAGAUGCCGGAUGUGAAUCUUAUUCACACGCUGAGUAUAUCUGAACAUAGGAUUAGCAGUAUAGCUAUAUCUGCACCCGGUGAUUGGAUAGCCUUUGGCUGUCCUAAUAUUGGACAGUUGCUUGUUUGGGAGUGGCAGAGCGAACAAUACGUGAUGAAGCAACAAGGCCACUCGCUAGACAUGACUUGCCUCGCGUAUUCCCCCGACGGUCUCUACAUAGUGACGGGCGGCUACGACGGGAAAGUGAAGGUGUGGAACACGACCAACGGCUUCUGUUUCGUGACCUUCAAUGAACACAAGUCAUCAGUGACUAGUAUUGUGUUUAGUGCGAAUAAGAAGUUCUUCGUGUCAGCUUCUUUGGAUGGGACAGUGCGGUGCUAUGAUUUGACUAGAUACCGCAACUUCCGCACGCUGCUGUCCCCGAGCCUGGUGCAGUUCAGCAGCGCGGCGCUGGACGCCAGCAGCGAGCUGUGCGCGGCCGCGGGGCAGGACGUCUUCGACAUCUACCUCUGGUCCGUCAAGUUCGGCAAGCUGCUGGAUGUACUAGGAGGCCAUGAAGCGCCAGUAUCGUGCAUUUCGUUCAGCCCGACGCUGGCGAGCUCGCGCCUGGUGUCGGCCAGCUGGGACAAGUCCGUCAAGAUAUGGAACUGCAUCGAGACCAGCGCCGAGUGCGAGACCAUACAGCUGUCGUCGGAUGCUCUGCAAGUUACCUUCAGGCCGGAUGGGGAAGAGAUCGCAGUAUCAACAUUAGACGGUAACAUAACGUUCUUCAACGUCACCACUGGAGACCAGACCGGCUCUAUUGAAGGCAGGAACGAUUUGGGAUCGGGGAAGUCUGAUACUGAUCUCAUUACCCCUGAGAAGAUGCUAAAGACCAAAGCAUUCACAACUAUAUGCUACUCAGCCGACGGUUCCUGCAUACUAGGCGGCGGUAACUCCAAGCACGUGUGUCUCUACAGCGUGCAAGAGUCCAUACUUAUUAAGAAGUUUGUUAUCACACAGAACAGGUCUUUAGAUGCUGUUAAUGACUUUAUAAACCGUCGCCUGAUGACGGAGUUCGGCAACAUGGCGCUGAUAGAGGAGAGGGGGGAUCUGGAGGGCGGGGACGUCAGCGUGAGGCUGCCCGGCGUCAAGCAGGGCGACAUGGCCGACAGGAAGGUUAAACCUGAGGUGCGAGUCCACUGCGUGAGGUUCUCUCCCACUGGCGACAGCUUCGCGGUGGCCGCUACCGAGGGGUUACUCAUGUACAGCCAGAAUGCUGGCAUUGAUGGAACAUUCAGGCCAUACCGUCUAGAAGCAAGUUCAACCCCAUACGCAGUAAAGCAGCUGCUGUCGCAAGGCGAGUGGGGCUCGGCGCUGGUGGGCGGCCUGCAACUCAACGAGCUGGCCGUCAUACAGCAGUGUGUGGAGGCCGUGCCACCUGCCGACAUUAACCUGACAGUAUCCAACCUGGACGAUGACUACGCGGCCCGGCUGCUGGGCUGGGUGUCGCGCCUGCUGGAGGACAGCCGCCACCUGGAGCACCUGCUGCUGUGGGUGAGGGCCGCGGUCACCGUCAAGCGGAGGAAGUUCCCUCACAGCGUACUGCUGGCGCUCGAGAAAGUACUCACGGUUAAAUAUUCGCAGAUUAGUAAGAUAUGUGACUUCAACAAAUACACAAUACGAUGCAUCAAGACGGUCGGGAACUUAGCGCCUAAGAUGGAUGUCGACGAAGCUAUGGACAGUGACAACGAAUCCAGUGGCAGAGGAACAUUCUCAGAUUCUGAUUAAUGUUUAAUAAAAUAAUUCUAUAAA